AGAGAGAGGGCGGGACAGGCAAAAGUCUACUAGUGGACACCUCCAAAGUUCCAACUGUCCCAACACUGGGACAUUCCUUUACACGGGUCGCCCUCUGAAUAAAACCCAGCAUGCCUGGUAAUGUUUGUCAUAGGGUGGUAAUAAUGUAUGUAAUACGGCUGUGAUAAGGUAUGACGCUCUAUAUUUACGUUAGUGUGGGCUACACAUGUCAUUUGAACUUCAGCACAGCUCUCGGCAGUGUUCUGUGUGGAUAGAAAUGUGAUUUGCUUAGUGGGAUUGCCCUUCGAGUUUGCUCCACCCAAAGAGGAUAUGGGCUGUUGGAGCAGGGACUGGGUUAUGUUGCCAAAAAAAAGAGCCGUUAGCUGAAGUUGCUGAACUAUUGGAAAGCCAUGCUGAGAAGUUCGGGGGUAAAGUCCUAUUUGAGUUUUAAUCACAUGGCAUUUUAAGAAUGCUUCAAAGAUGGCGGUAGCUACAGUAAUAUCGGGGAACCGAGUAGAAAAAAGUGGAUUUUUAGAGGUUUUAGUGAGGGACCGAUGGCACAAUGUUUUGGCCAACUUGAACGGAGAAGCUCUAACGUUGAGUUGCGAGGACCUGGGAGAGAAUGUGACCCUAAACGGCCUCACCAAUGGAUCUUACGGGUGCAACGCAACUCAACCGGAUCACACAAACAGUCCGAAAACUGCGGUGAGGACAGCUUUCACGGAUUUACAGGAGCAAGUCCCAGAGGCGAUCGCAAACAGAAAAAGAUGUGUGAAAGUAAUAAAGCAAGAGGUAGGAGGACUCGGCAUCAGCAUAAAGGGAGGAAAAGAGAAUAAAAUGCCGAUACUUAUUAGUAAGAUCUUCAAAGGUCUGGCUGCGGAUCAAACCCAAGCCUUGUAUGUCGGUGACGCGAUUCUGUCCGUGAACGGUGUGAACCUGCGGGACGCUACGCAUGACGAGGCGGUGCAGGGGCUCAAACGAGCCGGGAGAGAGGUGACGCUAGAAGUGAAGUACAUGAGAGAAGCCAGCCCCUAUGUGAAGAAGGGUUCUCCUGUGUCAGAGAUAGGCUGGGAGACGCCCCCACCUGAGUCCCCGAGGCUGGGUAGCCCCCACUGUGACGUCCCCAUCAGCCCCACCAUGUCCCUACAGGGGGACAGGAGGUACAUCCCCUUAAAGAUGUGUUACGUGUCCAGGAGCAUGACGUCUCCAGACCCUGGAAACAGGCAGUUAGAGCUGCACUCUCCGGACGCCAAGCAUACGGUGGUGUUACGGUGUAGAGACACAGCCUCGGCCCAGGCCUGGUUCGAGGUCAUGCAGUCGGCGACCUCUAACCUCAUCCACAAGGUCAUCACAGAGGUCAAAGAGCACACGGGAAGAACAGGAAUCGCAGGGAGCAGAGAGAUCAGACACUUGGGCUGGCUGGCUGAGAAGACAGAGAAUGAGAAGAAGCAGUGGAAGCCAGUGCUGGUGAUGGUGACAGAGAAAGACCUGCUCCUCUAUCACAGCCUUCCACGCAUGAAGGCUUCCUGGCACAGCCCUGCACACACAUACCCACUGUUAGCUACACGGCUGGUGCACUCUGGUCCCGACCGAGGCUCUCCCCAGCCGGGCGUGGAGCUGUCCUUCGCCACACGUACGGGAACCAGACUGGGCAUCGAGGCCCACCUGUUCAGAGCUGAGACCUGUCAGGACCUUUCACUGUGGACCAGGCACAUUGUUACGGGCUGUCACUCCUCUGCCCAGAUGAUCAAAGAAGUCACUACCAGCUGUGUGUACAAGGGCCAGGAGUGCAGGCUGGUGAUCCACUACGAGCAGGGCUUCUCUGUCCUGGCUGAGCAGAAGGGGGAGGACCAGGUGGACCAGGGGAACCAGAACCAAGCCAAACCUCUCCUCUGCUACCCCUUCGAACGCCUCAAGAUGUCCUCCGACGACGGGGUCAGGAUGCUCUUCCUGGAUUUCAGUGGAAAAGAGGGUGAAAUUCAGCUGGACCUCCACUCGUGCCCAAAGCCUAUCGUCUUCAUCCUCCACUCAUUCCUCUCGGCAAAGAUCGCCAGACUCGGCCUGGUAGCAUAAAGGUUCUGUUUACCACCAACGGACCACAAGGACUGAACUGUUCCAGACUUCUAGAGUGGAGUGUCCCGGAGUUCCACAGUGGAGUGUACAGAACAGAGGAGGACAUGGCUGAUAACUGAACUACAAGAACAAGGACUGUGAUGUGCAGUGAACUAGACACAGGAUCUACCCUGAUUCAAAGUCCACACAAACAGCUCAAAAUGAAUGGAUCAUGUUUCAAAAAACUGGAACGAGUUGUUUUGUGUAUUUAUAGAAACACAGGCAUUACUGAUGACAUCAUAGUGAGAGAUCAGUUACAACAGAAGUUGUUUUGUGUAUUUAUAGAAACACAGGCAUUACCGAUGACAUCAUAGUGAGAGAUCAGUUACAACAGAAGAAGUUGUUUUGUGUAUUUAUAGAAACACAAGGCAUUACCGAUGACAUCAUAGUGAGAGAUCAGUUACAACAGAAGAAGUUGUUUUGUGUAUUUAUAGAAACACAAGGCAUUACCGAUGACAUCAUAGUGAGAGAUCAGUUACAACAGAAGAAAUUGUUUUGUUCAAAUCGUCGUUAAGCUGUACAAGAACAAUAAUCUAUUGUUUUGGUACUAAAAACAUACUGGAAGUAUGAUCUAUCUAGCAUCCAUCCAUCCUACGCUAAUUGUUUAUUCGGCAAUCUCUGUCUGCAAAUAAUUCAGCGAUUACUGUUAACUUAAAUGAAAAAGUUACGGUGAAAAAGAUUGUAAAGGCUGCUUGAAAAUGUAAAUUGUCCUACGCCUUUGGCAGCUAUUAUAAUUCAAGGCUUAGUUUUAUUUGAUCUCUGUUAAUGAUGCACAUAAAUGACAUAUUUCUGGAU